AGCGGGGAGUGGAAUUUUGGAAGGAAAUGUAGCGAAGAGAAGUCCGGGAGUGAGAGUGAGGUGCUGGCGGCCGCCGGCCGAGGGGGCGCGCCGGGCAGCGAGCCGCACCCCGCCGGGCACAGCCGCCUCCCGACCCGCGCCCCCCGCCGUCCCGGACGCCGGCGGCGCCCGCGGAGCCUCCCGGGCCCUCCUCCCCUCCAGGGGCGGGACCCCGGCCGGGGGAGCACGGAGCAGAGCCGGGAGCCGGCCUCGAACCCCCGCCGCUCGAGCCUGGGGCGCCCCGGGAGCGCACGGGCCGAGGGCGCGCCGCAGCCAUGAGCGAGACGGUCGUGUGCACCAGCCGGGCCACUGUGAUGCUCUAUGAUGAUGGCAACAAGCGCUGGCUCCCGGCAGGCACGGGGCCCCAGGCCUUCAGCCGCGUCCAGAUCUACCACAACCCCACAGCCAAUUCCUUCCGGGUCGUGGGCCGCAAGAUGCAGCCUGACCAGCAGGUGGUCAUCAACUGUGCCAUAGUCCGGGGUGUCAAGUACAAUCAGGCCACCCCCAACUUCCACCAGUGGCGCGAUGCCCGCCAGGUCUGGGGGCUCAACUUCAGCAGCAAGGAGGACGCAGCGCAGUUUGCUGCCGGCAUGGCCGAGGCCCUCGAGGCGUUGGAAGGAGGGGCACCCCCGGGUCCACCGGCACCCCCAACUCCUGCCACCUGGGCCAGCCAGAACGGCCCCUCCCCAGAAGAGCUGGAGCAGCAGAAAAGGCAGCAGCCAGAGCACAUGGAACGCCGGGUCUCCAAUGCAGGCCCACCUGCACCCCCUGUGGGGGGCCCACCCCCACCUCCGGGACCUCCCCCUCCUCCGGGUCCCCCCCCACCUCCAGGUCUGCCUCCUUCCGGGGUGUCUGCUGCAGGGCAUGGAGCUGGAGGAGGCCCGCCCCCUGCACCCCCUCUCCCCACAGCUCAGGGCCCCAGUGGUGGGGGGACUGGCGCCCCCGGCCUGGCUGCAGCCAUUGCGGGAGCCAAACUCCGGAAAGUCAGCAAGGAGGAAGCCUCAGGGGGGCCUUUGGGCCCCAAAGCUGAGAGUGGUCGCAGCACAGGUGGUGGGGGUCUUAUGGAAGAGAUGAAUGCCAUGCUGGCCCGGAGGAGGAAAGCCACGCAGGUGGGAGAGAAACCCCCCAAGGACGAGUCAGCCAGUCAGGAGGAGCCAGAGGCCAGAAUCCCUGCCCACAGUGAAUCCGUGCGGAGACCCUGGGAGAAGAACAGCACGACCUUACCAAGGAUGAAGUCCUCCUCUUCGGUGGCCACUUCUGAUGUCCACCCCCCCACCCCCAGCUCCAGUGACGAGUCAGACCUGGAGAGGGUGAAGCAGGAGCUCCUGGAGGAGGUGAGGAAGGAGCUGCAGAAGGUGAAAGAGGAGAUCAUUGAAGCCUUUGUCCAGGAGCUGAGGAAGCGGGGUUCCCCCUGACCGCGGGGACCCAUUUCUCCUUUCCGCGCGCCCCGCCUGUUACCCGGCUUCCCCCGCCGCCACCUCGACUGGACCUGGAAUUGGCUCAAGAUUACAUAGGAAUGCAUCGUCCCUUGCACACCUCCACACCUCCCUCCCACUUGGACAAUUCCGAGGGGGUGUGGUUUCCUGCACCACGCCCACACCCGUACUGGCUGCUGAUUGGCUGGGGAGGCCCCGCCCUUUGCUCCCUUUGGUCCUUCCCCUCCGCCAUCCCCUCAGGGCUGGUUCCUCUGCUGGGGAUGUACCAUGGAACCCCACAGGAAGGGGGAAGGAAAGGGAAUUUCACAUUCCCUUGUUUAGAUUCACUUUAACGCUUAAUGCCUUCGAAUUUUUGUUUAAGAAGUAUAUAAAUAUAUAAAUAUAUAUAUAUUUGGGUUUUGGGGAGGGGGAAGGGAGAUUUUUUUUGCCUCUUUGGUUUUGAUAAAAUGGGGUGUGGGGGUUUUUAAAUGCUGUAGCCCCUGGUGGGGUGGCUGAGCAGGGUGGGGGAGUCCCGGCCCCGGGACUUCUCUUCCUGCUCGCUCCUUCCCUUUUCUAUGAGGAAUUAAGAUGCUGUAACUUUUUUGGAACCUCAGUUUUUUUGUUGUUGUUUUGUUAUUUUUUAUUUGGGGUAGGUUUGGGGGUCCAGGCCAUUUUUUUAACCCAGCAGGGAAAAUGAAGGAAACAGGAAAGGGGAGGGGAGCAGCCUCUCCCCCUCCCACCUUCACCUUUUAGCUUCUUGAAAAAGGGCCCCAGUGGAAUAAAUCUGCCAGUUUUUCUAAAUGCUAAA